AUGGUAGGUAGGACGUUUAUCAAGGUUGUCCAACUGUUCAACCACAUUGGUUCCGUUUUCUCGGUCCUCGAGGAGAACGAUCCCUCGGUGGUGCUGUGCCUUCAAAAGUCCUACUUCUUCCGCCGACGCAACGGAGGCUGGAAUCUGUCUCGCGACCAACGUAGCCAGGACAAGGACAAGGACAAUCACAUCCUCUCACAUUGUCAUCGUCAAGAUCGUGAGCGCGCCGCCCCUGAGUAUCCAUCGCCGAGGCCAGUCAUUCGAAGAGAAGCAGGGGAGAGGGAGGAUCUGGCGAAGAUGCUGUGCUCCAUACCUGCCACCAACGCUCCUAUUUCUGGCCAUUCUUCAGAGAAAAGCCAAGUCCCAAAAUCAAUUCGCUUGGCCGAGGAAGCCGAAACCCCGGUCAAUCCUUGUAGUAGCAAAUACAGCACAUCCAGGCCGUUCCGUUAA